AUGGCCUCCAUCGUCCCCGCCAAACCACGGACGGUCGCUGUCGUCGGUGCUGGGCCAGUGGGCUGCCUGGCUGCGCUUGCGUUUGCUAAGCGCGGCUGGGCCGUCGAUCUCAUCGAAGGGCGGCCAGAUAUGCGCCUUCCGUCCUCCAAGGCCGCCACGGAGCAGCGCUCCAUAAAUCUCGCCAUUUCCCACCGCGGCAUUGCUGCUUUGGAAGCAGUCGAUCCAGCCGCAGCGAAGCGUUUCCUGCAAGCUGCUAUUCCCAUGCGAGGUCGCAUGAUCCAUAAACUAUCUGGUGAAUUAGACAGCCAGCUCUAUGACAGAGAUGGACAGUGCAUAAAUUCAAUAGACAGGGCACUCCUCAAUGAAGGUUUAUUAGAAGAAGUGGCGGCCUCCCCGAACGUCCGAAUCCUCUUCAAUCACAAAGUCAUUGCCGCAGACUUCGACGACCAAACUCUAACAAUUCGAGAUACAACUUCCAGCGCGGAGUUUUCAAGUCAUUUUGACUUUUGCAUCGGCGCGGACGGUAGUUUUUCUAUCAUUCGUAGACAGAUGAUGAGAGCUGUUAGAAUGAAUUACCAACAAGAGUACAUCAGGGACGAAUAUGUCGAGCUCAAAAUGCCGGCAGGCCGGGACACCAAUGGCGAACCAGCGUUCCUCCUCGACCCGAACCAUCUUCAUAUCUGGCCUCGCCAUUCGUUCAUGCUAAUAGCACUCCCAAACCAGGACAAAACAUUUACAUGCACUUUAUUUGCGCCCACCACCGAGCUUGAUCGCCUCCUUAGCGCCGACCAGAUACUCGCCUGGUUCAAAUCAUAUUUCCCUGACGCCGUCCGCGCUAUUGGCGAGAAGACGCUGGUAGCAGAUUUUAUAAGGAAUCCCCGCAGUGUACUCAUUUGUACAAAGGCAAACCCGUACCAUUACAGAGAUCGCGCCAUAAUUCUGGGAGAUGCGGCCCACUCCAUGGUUCCAUUUUACGGCCAAGGAUUAAAUGCGGGCCUCGAAGACGUCAGGAUUCUGUCGACGCUCCUCGAUGAGGAAGGCGUUACUUCGAGUGCCCCGAUCUAUGAUCACCCCGGGAAUUAUGACGAUCGACGGCUCUCCAGUGCUCUUCAACGUUAUACUGACACUAGACACGAGGAUCUGGUCGCCAUAACCGAUCUAGCGAUGGACAACUACAUCGAGAUGCGACACUCCGUCACACAACUCGGCUAUCUGUUCAGGAAGACGCUGGACAAUGUCCUCUACUCUCUGACUUCGCCACGGAUAGUUUCUUUGGCAUCCCUGAUCCCAACUUUGGCCAAGAGCCCAUAUCCAACAGGCAAACCCAACGGCUGGCUUCCAUUGUACACCAUGGUCACAUUUCGACCGGAUAUCAAUUACGCUACUGUGAAGCAAAAGGCAGCUCGCCAGGCCACUAUCCUGGCUUGGUUAACCUGGAUAGGAGUGCUGCUCCUUGGGGUGGUGGGAUCGUGGAUAGCGUGGUUCAUGAGGGAAAUGCUGGUCGAUUAUUUGGUCAACAGCAAAUGA